AUGGAACUACUACCAACGAUGCAUGAUGUCAUGGGUGAAUUACUAAAUUGCUCCGAUGCAAUAUCUCGACGAUUUCAAAUUAAAGAUGAAACAACGACUGCAAGCGAAAAACUUGCUUUGUCGAUCAAAAUACUUAUUCCAAAUGUUGCUGAACAUAAAGAAGUAAUAAUUUAG